AUGGCGAGGAAGAGAGUGAAGCUUGCAUGGAUCCCAAACGAAUCCGCCAGAAGAUCCACAAUGAGAAACCGCCGCCAAAGCCUGGUGAAGAAAGUGAGGGAGCUCUCGAUCCUCUGCGGCGUCCCUACUUUCUUCAUCGUGUACUCUCAGGGCGAACCGGAACCCACGGUCUGGCCGCCCACCCGGGAAGAAGCCGAAAGGCUGCUGGCCCGGUUCCUGGCCCUGCCCGCGGUCGAGCAGACCAGGAAAACGACCAACCAAGAGAGCUACCUCCGGGAUAUGCUCAACAAGCUUCGCGGUGUCCACAGGCAACAGCUCCAGGUCCUGAACGAGCUCGAGCUCGCCUACCUUAUGGAUCAGGUUCACUAUACGAGCAGCGGGCUGGAGGGGUUGGACCUGUACGGGUUGAACCGGCUGUCGGUUCUGCUGGAUGAGAAGCUGAGGGAGGUCAGGAAGAAGGCUGAGUACUUCGAAGUUGAACUGAAGGGAUCAGCUGCAGGGACAAAUGUUGGAAAUAACGUUGUUGUUCCUGAAAACCCUAAUUUGUCGUGGCAGGAGGAGGACUUCGUGAAUCACAUUAUUAAUCAGGACGGUGGCGACGGCAACGGUGGUGAUGUGGGCUUCCCGCCGAUGGAGUAG